GAUUUCCGUUCCCCCCCAUUGCUGGAUAUCAAAGUAGCUAGGUAUCUCAGGGUUGGUUAUAUGCGGCAUGUUUCUCUUUAUUGUGUAAUAACUUUCAUUAACACAAAAGACUUGGCUGGAAAGUGGACAAGCUACGAAAGGGGUUAAUUUAUUCUCGGCAAUAGAAGGCCACAGCAGGUCAAGCAACUUGACAGUAAAUAGAUGUGUGUGUUUUUUUAUUGGUUCUGUUAAAACGCACACCUGAAAUAAGACUCACUGUGCUAUGGAAGAAGUUGAUAAAAUUUUGAUCCAUUCUUUGAGACAAACCGGAACAGAAGUCGGGGAGGAAGUACAGAGCGUGAAGCAAUUCUCCAGUGAACUCAUUGUUGAAGCUGUGGUCCGAUGUCUUCGAGUGAUCGAGCCCUCCCUUGCCAAUGGGCUGAGCCACAUUUUACCACCUGGAAUGUCAGCUCGAUUUCGACUAGGAAUGAGUCUUGCACAGGCCUGCCAGGAUGUUGGUUACAAGGGAGAGAUUGGCUACCAGACUUUCUUGUACAGCAAUGAGCCAGAGAUCAGAGCACUCCUUAUGUUCUUGGUGGAGAAGCUUCCUCGUGAAAGCUCGGAAUCCUCUGAUCAGCCAGCAGGUAAAUCUGUAUUGCUUCAGAGAUCUAUUGCAUUUAAAAUAAAAUCGCAACUGGCAGUGCCUUGGAUACCUCCAUCCUGUCGUGUGCCUUUCCUCUGCAAGCAUCAGAACUCAGAUUUGGCCCAUGGUUUUCAUGCUCAGCACCUCAGCAUACCUCAAACCACAGUGCUCUCUGGCAAGAAAAUACCCAAAGAGGUGAAAGAAUAUUGUGAAAAACAUCUUCUGCCUGUUACUGCCCAACCUUCGCAGCAUGCCUUUCUCUGUGCCUCUCUUUUAGAGAGGAAUUUAGCAGAUAUUAGUGCUGUGCAGGAAUGGGAAUCUGAAUGGAAUAGUCAAGGACUUGCAUCCCGGCUUUCAAUAGACGAGUACAAAUCUCGUAAGAGACAACGUCUUCAGAAACGGCUUCAUGAUCAGCUUCGCCAUGCUGUUCAGCAAAAUCAAGAAAACCAGCACACGGCACGUUCCAGUUCUGACCUGGCUGAUCUUCUGAAAUCCUUUGGUGCAGGACCUUGUGGUCAUGAAAUAUUGGUUAAGGGAACACGUUUCACUCAUACAGAGAAAUUCACCUUUACUCAAGAGUCAGAGAAAAUGGUCCAACAAAUGCAAGCUGCAGCUGACUCUCUUCCAAGCUCAAAGCAAUCAGAAAAAGAAGUACAGGCACGACAAGAGGAAGAAGUUACCGGAUUACAGCAACAAAUAGAAGAUAUAGCUGUAAAAAUUGAAGAAGUGAGCUUGGAUAUAAAGAAGCUCACAGUUUCUGUUAUGCAGGUAUCUGAUGAGAUUCACCAAAAGGAACUAGAAAAUGAAGAGAAAAGUGGAUCAGUGCAGGUGAAGAGCAAAACAGUUGAAUUGCUUCCUGAUGCAGAGAACAACCUUGGCAAGCUGCAGGUUCUUGUUGACAAUAGUGCCAAGCGUAUUGUAAAUCUGGCUUCACAGUGGGAGAAACAUCGAGCUCCACUAAUUAAGGAGCAUAGACAACUAAAAGAACUUUGUGGGAACAAAGAGUUGGAGUCCUCUCGAAAGGUCUCUGAGAUCAAGGGGCUUCAUGAGAAGAUCCGUCAAUCAGCAGAUGAAGCCAAGAAAAAGGAGGAACUCUACAAACAGCUGGUAACAGAGUAUGAGAAUCUUCCAAAAGAUGUGUCUCGUUCAGCAUACACUCAGCGAAUUCUGGAGAUUGUGGGCAACAUUAAGAAACAAAAGGAAGAAAUUACCAAGAUUCUUUCCGACACUAAGGAUUUGCAAAAAGAAAUCAAUAAUCUCACUGGCAAGCUGGAUCGCACCUUUGCUGUGACAGAUGAGCUGGUUUUUAAGGAUGCAAAACGGGAUGAAUCAGUCCGGAAAGCUUACAAAUAUCUGGCAGCUCUACAUGAGAACUGCACACAGCUGAUCCAAACUAUUGAAGAUACAGGAACUAUUAUGAGGGAAAUCCGUGAUCUAGAGGAACAGAUUGACACUGAAAAUGGAAAAAAAACUGUGAGCAAUUUGGAAAAGAUUUUAAAUGACUACAAAGCAAUUCGUCAGGAGAAUUCUGUGUUGGCAGCUAAGAUUCGAGAUGCCUGAACUUCCCAAACCCUAAGUUAUCAAAAUAUUCUAGGCAAGCUGCUAGGCUUGAUGUCAGUUUUUGUCGAGGUCACAGUGAGAAAAUCCUAUAAGGAGCUGAAGAUGAUUUCUGCUGGUAUAAUUUCCAUCAUCUGCCUCAAGCUAAGUCUGGACAAACUCGUGUAUUUUGCUAGAUCACUAACAUGUUACCCAGUGAGGCUUGUGGUGAUUUCAUUACUGGGGAGGCAUUUUGUGAUCUGUCUACAACUUUUGAUACCAUUUUAAAAAUUAUGGAUCAGAUGAGCUAUGUUUCAUGAAUUGUAAAAGCAAAAAAUAAGAGGAAUAAAACUGAAAGAAGUCCACAGAUAUCAUGAACUGUGUCUCUAAUCCUUGUGACUUUUUUGCUUCCCAUGUUAAGGUAUAUGGCUGGAAGACUGAAUGUUGCUGUUUUGCUUCACCAGUCUGAAGAAACUGGAAUAUUUUUGUACAGAACUUUUUUCCAUCAAUUCAGAAAACUAGGAACAAAAGAUACUAAGGUGAUAUUUUGAGAUGUUGAAGUUAACCUCUCUUGUUCCCCUGUGUGUGUUCAUUUUCCCCAAUGUCUUCAGGAAGUAAGCAAGAGAAUUUUGUUUCUUUCUCUGUGUCUUUCUUUGACAGGUCCUCCACACACAAGAAUAUGGAUGUCUUAUUUUACUGUAGGUAGAAACUUGAUGAAAAAAGAUUUUUUUAAGAGUUUCUAGGCUACUUUUACUGAACAUACACAGUAGCCAAUGUGCUAUCAUGUUAUUAAACACAUUUCACUUUGUUUUUAUUUAAUUAAAAGAAAAAGCAAAAAUGAGCAAAAUGUAUCCAUAUCUCCUUUAUGCUAUUUUAUGUGGAGUAUUUUGAGCCCUUUUAACUCCUUUUUGUUUUUACUGAGUCUUUAUUGGUAAAAGCACCAAAAAUAAAAAUUUGAAUAAUGAAAAUUUACACAUUAAGCUACGGGGAAUAUUUAAAAUAAAUAAGAUUCUGCAUGAAGUAUAUUCUCAAAACUUAAUUUUUAUUCUGUUACCUUUUUUUAAGGGAUUGUUUAUUGCAGCAGAUUUAAACUUUAUUAAUACAUCUAAUUGCCAUUAUUUAGAGGAUCACAGAAAUACCAUCCUCUGAAUUGAAGGAAUGUGUUGUUUAUGUAAAAUACUCAUCUGUUAAGUAAGUCAAAAAUGCAGCCUUCUAUCUUUGUUUAUUUAGGAGUUUAUGCAUCAAGUUUCUCUAAUAAAACACCAUCAUAAACUUAUUUUUAAUUAACUACUGUUUUGUGCUACGUGAAAUUACCAGAAUUUCACUCAGUUAACCAAACAUAGGCAGGUACACUAUGUAUUUCUACUGUAGCAAGAGCAUACAGUGUGUGCACCAGGUUUAUAGUUUUCAUUAUCUGACUGUCACUUUUUCUUAUUUUUGCAUUCUUUCUCAUCAUAAGAAUUUUAUUGUCAUUUGUCACAUUUUCUGUGGGAAAGUAGUGCCUCUCUGUUGUAAUGACAAGCCAUGAUGUAGUCACUAGUCAUACUGGUUUCUUUGGAGCAACAAAAAUAUUAAAAUUGCAUUUCUUAUAAGGGUGUUCAAUUUAUUACUGUUAAGUGUGUUUAAUUCAAUGUCCUGGCAUCUGAUAAACAAGGAAUUGUAGCAUGUGUUUUGGAACCAAUAUUAUCAGUAUAUGGGCACAAACGGUUGCCUGGUUUAACUUAGCUGAAGGAAAUCAAAUAAUAAUUUACAGUAUGUGAAUUACAAAAUGGCCAUUACAUUGAAUUUUUAAACACAAAAUGUAGGUAUGAUUUUUAGAUCGCAUGGGUCGGGAUUUCAUAUUUCCAAAACAUUAUUUUUGAUGAAAAGUGUUUAUUCACAAGGUAGUUAAACAUGUCUGCACACCAAGAGCAAAUCCUUAAGGUCAUAUAAAAUCAAUUCAUAUACAUUAAAUGCAGUUUUGUUAUUUAAGGCGCAGGUGGUUAUUGUUUUUCUUUUUUGUGCACUAGGAAUUAUUUUGUAGUGUCAUAUUAGGUACUAGUACUGAACUUGUAACAAUUCAGUGACUUUAGAAUAAACAUAAGUCUUUGAUCCUGCUA